AUGGGGAAGUCCAAGAGCGGAAAUAGAGAGAAGAGGGCAAGCAAGGGCAAAAGGCCUUCAGGGAAGGGAGGCGGUGCAUCGAGGAAGAAGUUAGAAAAGAAGAAGAUCGUUCUGAAGAGGAGGCCAUGUCCGAUCCAAGGAAGAGAGUUCCCAGAUGCCACGAAGAUCGAAAAGGAUCUUCUAAUGCAUGGGACUGUGAAAGACAGGGUCGACGUCCUCACGCUGCUGGUCGGCAGAAACCCUUCUGCAGAAAACUACAAAAACCUGCUUGCAUUCUGCGAGAACCAGAGGAACGACGUCCACUACUACGUGCUUAAGAACAUCAAGGACCUUCUCAUAUCCAAGAAAGAGGUUCAAAAUCCCUACAUCAAGCAGAGGAUUGUGAAGUCCUUUGCCGCAAAUCUUCGGAACCAAUACAUCAAGAAGAAGGUUGUGCGCCUGGUGUACAAGCUGCUAGAGGCGAGGGUUUUGUUUGUGGAUCUGAUCCAUCUGUUUAUCAACAAGCUCGGGGACAAGAGGGAUAUGUCUGACUAUGUGAUUGACAAGCUGCACCUGCUGGUCCCCGGGAAUGAGGAGGUGGUUCUUGACGGGGUUGAGGACUUCUACUUCAAGAACGAUUUGUUCCGAUCCAGACACGUUGCCCUGAGGUUUCUGGCAAGGCUUGAGUGCGAGAACAGGGAAAAGGCCUUUGGAGUGUUCAACAGCAUUCUCAGAGACUUUAACGAGAACAUCCCUGAGGAGCAUAGAAACAUUCUGUUGGAGGACUUGGUUAUUGGACUGGGAAAAAACAUGGGGAGCGAAAAGAUAUGUAGGACAGAUAUCAUAAGAAAAGCAGUGCACACCGAGAAGAUGACGUUUUAUGGGUGCAAGGUGUUGUUCGGCUGCAGAGACGGCGGAGUGCUUCUGCUCUUCAGAAAUGCAGUUAAAUCGCACAAGAUGAGAAAUUCGAAGUAUCUGCCUGAAUUCCUCAACAUGGUCCACGAGGCCGCGUCAAUGCACAAGGAUAGGGAGUUCUACAGGUUUCUUCUGGACACAUCGCUUCUAUACACGCCUGAAUACAUAAUAUCGAUACUAAUUAUAUGCUCCGAGGCCAGGAAGGAUGGGAUUGAUGGAUUCGAUAACAUCCACAGCCUCCGAGUUCUUACCGUGCACUAUCAUGAUGUUGUUCGGAGGUUCGCGCUCCAGCUCAUCAGCGGCGAGAUGGUUCUUCCGUUCGAUCCGUUUGACAAUAUGAGCCUUCUAAGUGCCGAGAUGGCAUGCGGUGAUCUAUAA